CUUUUUUGUUCAAAUUAUAUCAAUUUUCUCUAAAGAAGAAAGGAAUUCAAAAUUCGAAAGUUUGGAGAGAGCGGUGGGGAUGGCAUCAAGAUCAAACGCAGAGAAUAUGAAGGGCUUCUACAGGCAAAGGAAAAGCAACAGUAGCAUCGGCGGGGAUAUCUCUAAGAAGAAAAAAUCCCAAUCGCCCACUCACCCAAAAGCUGCUGCCGCUGCCUCUUUCGGCUCGGAUGUCGCUCAACCCACCGCCCUUAUUUCACACGGCUCUCCAGACGUCAAAGAUGAUUAUGACGAGCAAGAAGAGCUACUGAGGAAAUUUGAUAUGAACCUGGCAUACGGACCAUGCAUUGGGAUGACCAGACUUGCACGGUUGGAGAGGGCUUGCAGUCUAGGUUUGAACCCUCCUAAAGAAGUGGAGAGUCUUUUGAAAGGUGGCAAAGUUCGCUCUGAGUGUUUGUGGGAUGGUCGCAUUUAGAAAUUAGCCUGAUUUGUGUAUUGCAGGUCUAUAUCGGAUGCUAAGGGAAUCUUUCCUAUACGCUCAUCCAUAUACCAAAGCCUUCUUCUGUAUUAUUUUCUAUUUGACCCUUAGCCGCUGCAACUUAUACCAUGCGAGGUCCCUGUAAAUGUUUGGUUUUUUGUCUUUCUAUGUUUACCUGUUGUUACUUAUUGGGAUUGGGAUCGUUUGUGUUUCACUUUCGGAUGUAACCCGUCUCUUGUUUGCUAUCCGGUGAAAUCUGUUUGUGCAUCUAAAUUCUAGUACUCAUUUUUCUGUGACCA